CGUGGUUGGGCUAUGGAGUAUUGUGGUUUGUUUCUUUAGGCUGAUUGGUCAGGUUGUCGAGCCGUUGCGGUUGCGUUUAGUUCACUGCGCACCCUCAAACCGUGUAGACUGUGCACCAAACUUGUACCUUAACCCGGUGCGCGAUGUAUGGGAAAUUGUCGGAGAAAUAUGCGAAAUUCAAGCGAUACGUAAAAUGGCUUUAUGUUCUCUAUGAACUCAACACACAGAUUGCCAUUUGCGAGCCAUGGGAGAAGGUGUUUUGCCACGUACUUCUCAGUAGUUGCAUAUCCCUGAUACUGUAUGCCACCUACGCCUAUGUGCCCAGCUAUUGUCUGCUGCUGGUCAGUUACUUGAUGCCCAUUUCGAUCAAUACGAAUCGGACUAGUCACUAUGUGUGUCCGCAAUCAGAAGCCGGAAUAUGCAGUAGCAGUCAAUCUUAUCUUACGUAACAUUAGAAGCUAGUCGUAAAUAUUAAUAAAGAAUCAUUAUAAAUAACAUAAACCG